AUGGUACCCAGCAAGAACGACGAAGCUGCAAUUACCGCAUCGCAAUACCACUGGUUAUACAACAGGCUUUAUGUAACUACAUGUGGAACAAAUGUGUCAGCUAUUGGAAGUCAUCACAUUGACAUCAGAGGUUACCUGGCUACAGUAGGGCUAUGUGGAAUAGGUGAUGCUAUAAUAUUACUGGAGUUUAGGCUUGGUAUCACGGAAUCCAUCACGUAUUUGGCCGAAUAUUUCGCCAAGGCUUACGUUAUAAACUUUACCCAUGAUGUAAAGGACCAAGACAGCGAGGGCCGAAAAAGCGAUGAUGCCAGCAAGAGCGUAGCCUAUGCCCUCCCCCGCCUGUUUCCAACUCAUUUUUGCUAG